UAUAUUCCUCAAUCUUCAUAUUUCCUUAACCAAAACCCUCCGUCUCGCCGCUCCUCCAUCUCUUCCUCCACGCGUCCCCAUCGUGAACGUCCUCGCUUUCCAUACACGGCGGUCUUGCGAUGUUCGGCAAGCUCGGGAGGAGCGGCGGAGCGGGGCGGGGCUCCGGCAAGAGGCCCCCCUCUACGCCAGUCCAACUGCACCGGCCCGGCGAGGCCGGCGGCUCGCGUCCCCCAAUCGGAGCGUCUGCACCCGCGCGUGCCCGUCCCAGUCCUCAAGCUGUGGCCGCCGCCCAGCCUGGUCGAGAGGAGACCUUCAGUCUAGAGCCGGGAAAACUCGACUUUGGCGCCAUCAUUCGGCUUACGCCUGACAUCGUCGAGGAGAUCAAGCGCCUCGAGGCUCAGGGAGGGGCUGCGAAGAUCAAAUUCGAUUCAAACGCCAAUAACUCUGCUGGAAACAUUGUUGAAGUUGGUGGCAAGGAGUUCAGGUUUACAUGGUCUCAAGAGCUUCCUGACUUGUGCAAUAUUUAUGAAGAACGCAGAGAAGGGGAUGAUGGCGAUGGAUUGCUUGUUGAGUGCGGCACUGCACGGAGAAAGUUGAAUGUGGAACGAAUCUUGGACGAGUCUGCAAAAAAUCACGUGAAAAUGCGGUCUGAGGAGGCUGAGCGCAAGCUUAAAUCUCGAAAAGCUAUUGUGCUAGAUCCAACUAAUCCUUCUGUGAAGAGUCAGGCUAAAUCUAUGGCUGCAGCUGCAGUUGAAGGUAAUAUGCGGAGAAUGGGUUGGAAGCACAAUAAGGAAAUGUUCAAGAAACGGAAAGUUGAGAAUAAUCAAGGAGUGGCUGCAGUGUCUCAAACUAAGUCAGUUUCCAAAUCAGCCACACCUUUAAAUGGUAACUUUAAAAGCAACUCGGCACGUGCGCCAUCUCCUCAGCAGCCCUGGCCAAGAGCUAUGCUUUCUACUUCUGGAACUGGUAAUACGCUAAGAGGUGAUACGAACGCUGGCGAAAUCACUCCCCCAUUAAAUAUAAAUAAAGAGGAAAUUGACAUCUCUGAGAAAGAAAUGCCUACUAGAGUUGCUCGUGGAUCCAUGCAAGACAUAAGUGGGCAUGAGGGGGGACGUCCUGAUCCCUCAAUUGAUUUGAGAAGCUUUUUGAUUAGUCUACUAACACAAAACCCAAAAGGGAUGAGUUUGAAGGCAUUAGAAAAAGCGGUGGGAGAAAGGAUUCCCAACUCUCUGAAGAAUAUGGAGAUUGUUCUGAAAAAUAUUGCCAUAUUCCAAGCACCAGGAAGGUAUUUAUUGAAACAAGGAGGACAAGUAGAAAGUUCUAAAAGAAGUUCUGAAGGUGGAAGUUCUCCAGAAUGCUUAACCAAGGAAACCAGAAGAGCUGCUGCAAUAUUGUCCGAGAAAGCCAUUGUUAAAAGUUUGGAUCAAGAAAGUUUAAGCUCAAAGCAUGGAGAAGGUUCUGAUCUCUUUGAGAGGAUUGAUAUAAUGCAUGACACUGAAGAUCCAUUAGAUAUAGAAGGGAAGACUGGAGGAAAUAAUGAGGUAAGAGCAGGCGGCUCUAGUGAAAGUGGGAGUGAUAGUGACAGUGAAAGUGACAGCAGUAGUGAGAGUGAAAGUGGAAGUCGAAGUAGGAGCAGAAGUAAAAGCAGAAGCCCUGCAGGAAGUGGCAGCAUAAGUAGCAGCAGUAGUGAGAGUGAUGACUCUUCUAGCAGCAAGGAGGCAUCUGACAUGGAUGUCGAUAUCAUGACUAGCGAUGAUCAGAAAGAGGUUGCCGCACAAAGGAUGAAUGUGACCAUGUCAAAGUUAUCACAGUCACCGCAUGAUUGGCGAUCUAGUGGUGAACAUGACAUAAAUAAUAACAUUGAAAUAGAUCAAAAUGCAAAUGGUGCAUCUACCGCUAUAGAUUUGACUGGUUUUGGAAUUAUGCAUGAAAGGGUGGACUCGGUUGUAGAUGCUAAAAAUCUCGUUAUUGACAGAAGCACCGAUUCAUUUGAGAAGCAGGAAGAAAAAACUGUUGAGGUUUUGGGCAACGAGCAGGCAUCUUCUUUUGUAAAUUCUCAUAAUGAUGACAGGUUCUUUGGUAGAAAAGCAUUCAGCGAGAAACAAACUGUGAUUAAGGAUGGAACUGGUAAGCAACCAAACAAAAGAUUUCCCAAAGCAAGCAGUAAAAGGUCUUCUAAUCCAGAGUAUCUGCCUGAGAAACCUGAAAAUGUUAAGAGGAUGAAGGUUUCAAGCUCAGCUGAAGCCUCUUUUGGAAAAGAGAAUGGCGCCCUUUCAUCGAAAAACUUGUGCUAUUUGUCUCCUGAAAGACCUACGCGCAUCGAUCAAAAGACGAAGAUGAUCAAUUAUCAUAAAAAAGGUGAGAAAAGGGAAGUCAAUUUACUGGAAGGAAGUUUUCCAGAGCAAACUAGAUGUGCAGCAUCUGGAAGCAUUGAUAGGGUUCAGAGUAGUCCAGAUUUCCGCGGUGCUGCCAAUUUAGCUGCCGAACAACCAAUCCGAAAAGUUGCUGAUUCCAGCGGAAGAAAGAAAACUUUGAAUAUGGAGAAAGCAAUUAAACAUGCUGAGAACCUUGGAAGAGCUAAUAAGCCUCUGCAAACUGUGUGUGGCCUUCCAGAGUCUGAUACAUCUGCUCUGAAAAACAUGCCUGUUGAUAAAAAUUCGAACUUAAAGAUGAAGCCGGAUGAAAAUACUAAUGCUUCAGAUAAAUAUCAUGCUAAAAUUGCAAAGGAAAUUCCUAAAAUUAAUAAGAAAUCUGUUGAUGAUUAUAUAUCACACAUGCACAAUUUUGAUGUGAACGGUAGAGGAAAUAUUCUUAGAAGAGAGUUUUCCGAUCUAGAAUUAGGUGAAUUUCGUGAGUCUAUUACUGAUGGAGUGGGCGAGGAUAAAAGACAAUUUGAGAGAACUAACUCCUCCAAAAAAAUGGAAAACAGGGUUACUAUUUCUGAAGUAGAUGCUGUUGAUAUAAACACAGGCAAAUGUGAUGAAAAUGCUUUUUCUGAUUCAAAGAGGCAAUCACCCAACAGUUUUAGAGAAGUAAUUAAUGGUAAGGAGUCGAAUGAUUGUGUAGAUUCAUCUCGAUCCCAAUUAAGAUUAUCGCAGGCCCAAUCUCGGCAGUCUUUGAGAACGGAUUUAGGUGAACCCGAAAAGUUGACUCGUUUGGAAAAGUGCACUGAAUCCGGUGGCAAAAAUGGGACAAAAAUUGCUGCCUCCAGAAUGCUAAAAGAUGACAAUAGACUUAAUGGUUUGACUGACCGUACAAAUAUUAAAGAGUCUAAAUCUCAAAACUCCAAUGGAUUGAAGGGAUCAAUGGAUAGAGAUAUUGAUGUUUUUUGGAUGCAGAAUGACACCGAUGGCAGGAAAACCUUAGAAUUUUCUUCUUCUGAGGAGAAUGCCACUUACAUGAAAUAUGAAAAAGAUGAGCUUGGCUUUAGAGGCCCGAUCAAGGAGUUCAGUAUGUACAAAGAUUAUGUGCGAGAGUAUCAGGAAAGAUAUAGCCAUUAUUGCUUCUUGAACAAGAAACUGGAGAAAAAUCGUAAUGACUUUCUCAAAGUUGGGGAUGCCAUUGAGUUUGCCAGAGGAAGGGACAUGGGAGAAUACUACAACCUUGUGGAAAAAUUGAGACAAAUGUAUCAGCAACGUGGAGAGAGACAUAAAGAAAUGAAGAGGAUCUUCAUCUUGUUGCAUGAGGACUUGAAGAAUUUGAAGCAGAGAAUUAAGGAUUUUGCUGAGGCCCAGUCAAGGGAAUGAAGCAAUAAAGUUCUUUUCGAGAAGCAUCUCGAUUAACUGGAAGCUGGCCUUUGCUUCGAGACCAGUUGUACAUACUUCAAUUAAAAUAUCAGAGUUGUCCAAAGAAAAGAGUAGAUAGUGAUGCCUGCACAUGUGCCCUUCCUGGUGUUUUUUCUACAUAGGGCGGCGUCAUCUUUUUCUCGAAUUACAUCUGUGGUGUUCCAUAUGAUCAGUUUUCUAUGGACUGCUGCCAGGAGUUUUUCUUCCGGUUUUGCUUUGGACCCAGAAAUUUUGAGGCGUUGGGAUGGAGCAGAAGCAAAAGAAUCAGUUUUGUUUUGUUUUUGUUUUUUUUAGGGUUUACAUAUAUACCACUCAAUACUUAUUUAUUUACAUAUCUAACACUUAAACUUCAAUUUUUACAUAUAAACCACCUUACUUAUGCAUCAAAAAAGGUAUGUGAUUUUUUAAAAGUUAAAAUAGUGAUAUUUUUAAUAUGAUAGGAAUGAUUUGGGUGGCAGAAAUAUAAAUGACAAAGUUUCAGUGUUAGAUAUGUAAAUACAUAUGAAUUGAGCGGUUUGUAACGGCCCCUUUUUUUUUGAAAGAGGUUUGUUUACUGGUUCAGCGCUUCAAAAUGUAAAUUAUUUAAUAAUUUGCAGCUAUUGAUUCGAUUGAAUAAAAUUAUUUGUAAUUAGUGUAGUUAUUUAGUGGGUGAAGGAU